GUAAGACGGCGUGCGGAGCGCUGUCCUCUCUUCCUUCGGCAGCCGAGGCUGCGGCGGGCCGGGCUGGGGUCGGGACCAGAGUUCAAGUGUCUGAAUGUGUGGGAAAUGCCUGAGGCAAUGUGCUUGUUAUGCUGAAGAACCUUAACUGCCAGGGGAGGAGUCCUGGAAGAGCCAGGGUGGUGCUGGUGAAUUCCGUCUUAGUGAUGCUGUCUCUGGUUUUUACUAGGAAGAGGAGGAAUUUGGUUGUCAGAGAAUAACAGGAGGUUGUCCAUAAUUGACUUUAAGCAGCAAACAGUAAAGCACUGAGCUCUUCAGCUCCGCCUUUCUUGCUCUGAGACGUGGAAAGCUAAGAAGGUUUUGAUGUUUUGUGUGGCGCCUCCUGAAUUAGAAACCAAGAUGAACAUAACCAAAGGAGGUCUGGUGUUGUUUUCAGCAAAUUCCAAUUCCUCCUGUAUGGAGCUUUCAAAGAAAAUUGCUGAGCGGCUGGGGGUGGAGAUGGGCAAAGUGCAGGUUUACCAGGAACCUAACAGAGAAACAAGAGUCCAAAUUCAAGAGUCUGUGAGGGGAAAAGAUGUAUUUAUCAUCCAGACCAUUUCAAAGGACGUGAACACCACUAUCAUGGAGCUCCUGAUCAUGGUGUAUGCAUGCAAGACCUCAUGUGCCAAGAGCAUCAUCGGCGUGAUCCCCUACUUUCCUUAUAGCAAGCAGUGCAAGAUGAGAAAAAGGGGCUCCAUUGUUUCAAAAUUGCUGGCUUCCAUGAUGUGCAAAGCUGGUCUAACUCAUCUCAUCACUAUGGAUUUACACCAGAAGGAAAUCCAGGGUUUCUUCAAUAUUCCAGUGGAUAACUUAAGAGCCUCCCCCUUCCUGUUACAGUAUAUUCAAGAGGAGAUUCCAGAUUAUAGGAAUGCAGUCAUCGUGGCCAAGUCUCCAGCUUCAGCCAAGAGGGCACAAUCUUUUGCAGAGCGUCUGCGACUGGGAAUUGCAGUGAUCCAUGGAGAAGCACAGGAUGCUGAGUCUGACUUGGUGGAUGGCCGGCACUCCCCGCCCAUGGUCAGGAGUGUAGCUGCCAUCCACCCCAGCCUGGAGAUCCCAAUGCUGAUUCCUAAAGAAAAGCCCCCAAUCACAGUUGUUGGUGACGUCGGAGGAAGGAUUGCCAUCAUUGUGGAUGACAUCAUUGACGAUGUGGACAGUUUUCUUGCUGCAGCAGAGACCCUGAAGGAAAGAGGAGCAUAUAAGAUCUUUGUGAUGGCAACUCACGGCUUGUUAUCCUCUGAUGCCCCCCGGCUAAUUGAAGAGUCUGCCAUUGAUGAGGUGGUGGUCACCAACACCAUCCCACAUGAAAUCCAGAAGCUCCAGUGCCCCAAGAUCAAAACCGUGGACAUCAGCAUGACCCUCUCAGAAGCCAUCCGCCGCAUUCACAACGGAGAGUCCAUGUCCUACCUGUUCAGAAACAUAGGCUUGGAUGACUGAACAUUGCUCCCGUGGCAGAACUCCCACUGGUCACAUGGGAAGCCCAGCGUGCAUGCUGGGAGGGCCCUUGCCUGGCCAGGUACUCCUUCCCUCUCCUCACAUUCUCCUGAGUGAUUCCUGUGAUGGGACAAGGACCAACUUUUUAAUGUCAGUUUAGGUUUUUGUGAGUUUGGGGGUAAUUUUUAUAACAGAAAGAUCUCUUCUGAAAUAAAAUAAGUUAAAACCUGAUGAUUUUUAGUGUAACCAAAAAAGAUAACACUUGAUGAGGUUUUUAAGCUCAGUCUUUUUUUAAAGUUGCUUGAUCCAAGUGUUCAAAAAAGUUAAAUAAAAUGACCUGCUGUCUACUAUCUAUAGUCAAAAAACUACUGUUGGUUCCAGUGACAUUUUUAGAAAUGCUUUUAUAAUGGGCAUAUAGCAUAUGUGGCUAUUUAUUCUCUGCAACAAAGAAAAAAUAAAAACCUCAUGUUUGUA